AUGGAGAAGUCCAAUUUAAAAGUAGUUCGCCCACUCGGUAACCUAGAAAGACUAUUUGUCAUCAGACAGAGUAUAGGUUAUUACACAAACAUUUGCUCCGCCGUCCGUUAUCAAUGUGAAGAUCUUUUCGCGCUUGCUUCCAUCGAUAGAAUAACUGAAUUAAAUGACAACAUAAAAAAUCAACUGCGCCCAGUCGUUUAUGGUAUACUCACAGAACUUCUUCUCAAAGAACCAGCAUUGUCAAAUGGCAUAAGAGGUCCAAUGACUACACGACCGCUCUAUGUUCACAUUCCAACAAUUGAUUUAUCUCAACUAGUACGUUUUGACGUCAUAUGUUCGGAUAAGCAACUAGAAAAAGUGUUGGAAGAUGAACACAAAAUACCAUUGGAUCAUUCGACCGAGACCAAUCUCUUGUGGCGAAUGGUUUUUGGGGUAAACAUUGAACGUGCGCACGAAAUAUGCGUUAUAUUCUGUUGGCAUCAUAGUAUGGCAGACGGAAUGAGUGCACAUAUUUUACAAUCAUUAUUUUACAAUGCGCUGAGAAAAAUAAUGGACAAAAAAAGUGAUUUAUCAAGUAUUUCUCCAAUGGUUAAUGUUCCCUAUGCUCCAAUGUUCAGGCCAUUGGAAGAGACCGUAGAUAUUAAACCGUCACUUGGAUUAGUUUUGAAAGAAGUAAUUAAUGAAUUUGUGCUGCCUUCAUUCAUGAAACCAACACCAAAGCAUUACGUUGGAGAUGUUCACGCUAUGGAAAUUAAUAAUUUCUAUACUGUAUUAAAAAUUGUAUCGAUCAGUCCAGAUGAAUUCAAGUCUUUAAUAUCAUUGUCGAAACAGCAAAAGACGACGCUUCAUGCAAUUGUUCAUACUGCUCUUAUGCUGUCAGCUCAUCGCCAUCUUGUCAAUUCAGGCAAAGAUGAGGCCAAAGAGAUAUCGACAGAUACGCCAGUAUCCCUUAGACCAUAUGGCAUUUUACCAGAAACUGAACCGACCAUGGGUGUAUAUGUCACUAAAUUCCACUUUGCGGCUUCAACAAAAGAUAUUGACAUGGGAUUUUGGAAUCUUGCAAAAAAAUACAAAUCUGAACUGAUGAAAAACAUGAAGACAUCGAUCCAGUACGUGGGACUAUUAAAAUUCUUAUCCAGCGACACUGACGGAUGGGAGGAAUAUUUGGCAAAUAAAAGGAGAACAGGCCCCAUGGGGAGGAUAGCGUCCUUGGAUGUAUCCAAUAUCAAAGUAUGGAAACCAACUGAAAAUGAAGAUAAAAGAAUAAAAAUACUGGAUUUUAUAUUUUCACAGUCAGCAAAUGUUACUGGACCCGUGGUUAUAGUUAAUUUAGUAACUUAUGGUGACAGACUUAAUUGCACCGUUACAUAUCAAGAAGGUGCCAUUGAACCAAAAGAAAAGCUUGACAAAUUUAUUGAUGGAUUUAAAUGGGUAUUGGCAACAAUAGCAAAGGACGUUUCUGGAGAAGCUCUGCAGGAGCCCGUUGCGUCUAGAAAAUCAGGACAUAUUUACGAGAAACGUUUGAUUUUGAAGUACAUUGCUGACAAUGGAAGAGAUCCAAUAACGGGAGAGGAUAUUGCAGAAGAAGAUUUACUGGAUAUUAAGACUAGUCCAAAAAUUAUAAAACCACGUCCACCACAAUUGUCAUCAAUCCCAUCUAUGAUCUCGGCCCUUCAGAAUGAAUGGGACAGUCUAAUGUUAGAAACAUUUACCCUCAAGCAACAGUAUCAAGAAGUACGACAAGAACUCAGCCAUGCUCUUUAUCAACACGACGCUGCCUGUAGAGUUAUUGCAAGACUGAUAAAAGAAAGAGAUGCGGCCAGAGAUGCGUUGGCCAAAGUCCAAGCACAUAUAGGCGCAUCUGUUUCGCAAGAAGACACCCAAGAAAAUCAGAGCGUGGAUGUCGAAAUGCUAGAUAGGCGCAUCGACAGUGGUAUCAUCGAGAAGAUGUCAGAACUAAAUGCAGUUCUAUCAAAGGGACGCAAGAAACGAAAAACACCACCAAAUUUCACGUCGAUAGACGCUGUCAAAUCAUACAAAUGGACCUCUGGGGUCGCACCUAUGCACGUGUCAAACGCUUCUGGAAUAACUUCUCUUGAUAUUAGCCCGAACGGACACUUCGUUUUGACUGGAGGUGUCGAUAAUACUGCCAUAAUCUAUAAUAGUGAUAAAGAGAGAAUCGACUCUGUGUUAAAAGGGCAUACUCAGGAAGUGACGGACGUGUUGUGGCGUGGCAAAGCAGAUCCUGGACACCCAGAUAUCGCAUUUACUGCCAGUGCGGACAAUAACGUGAAGAUAUGGCAACCUUCGGACGGCGGUUAUUUUGCAACUUCCAAGAUUAAAGCCCAUUCAGCCAGAGUUACGGGAAUUGCAUUAAAUCCUACUCUUGACUAUUUGGUCUCUGUAUCAUCCGAUUCAGCUUGGGCAUUCCAUGACAUAGAGACCGGAAAGACGCUUUGUCGUAUCGAAAGCAAUGAAGUACAAAAUGGUUAUACUGCAGCAAAGUUCCAUCCAGACGCUUUACUGCUUGGUACAGGGACGAAUGAUUCCAUGGUACACAUCUGGGAUAUGAAAUCUCAGAAUAUUGUUGCACCGUUUCCAGGGCAUACUGGCGCUGUGACUGCGCUUGCAUUCUCUGAGAACGGAUACUACUUGGCAACAACAUCCGAAGAUAAUUUGGUUAGAUUAUGGGAUCUUCGAAAAUUGACAAACUUUAAAGUGCUGACUUUACCAAAGAAUAACCAGCUUAACAAAGUUGUAUGGGAUCAUGCUGGACAGUAUUUGGCCGUUGGCGGGACUGAUGUGAGAGUAUUCCAUUCCAAGACUUGGGAAGAACUCGUAGUUCUUACCGAUAACACUGCAGAGGUGACUGAUCUGAAAUUUGGUGAAUUGGCAAAGUAUCUUGCAGUUGUUGGACUGGAUGGAUCUCUAAGAUAUUACAGCCCAGAAAGCGGGGAAUAA